AUGAAAUAAGCAAUAUAUAAGGCUUCUAGAACCAACAGUAAGUACAUUCAGCAAACCACCGAACUACCGUACAAAAGCAGAAUGCAGGUCUUAUUCGGAAUUCUCCUGAUUAUCUGUAGCGCAGUCAGCGCAUCCAAUAAAGGAGGAUAUGGCAGUUACGGAGGUGGAUACGGAGGAUACGGAGGUGUAUUAGGAGGACUAGGUGGAUUAGGAGGUGGUCUAGGAGGAGGAUUAGGAGGAAGAUUAGGUGGAGAAUUAGGAGGGGGAUUGUGGGGUAUUGGAGUUGGUGGAUACGGUAAAGGAGGAUAUGGAGGAGGAUACGGAAUCGGAGGUGGAUAUGGAGGAUUCGGAAUCGGAGGUGGAUACGGAGGAUACGGAAUAGGUGGUGGAUACGAAGGAUACGGAAUCGGUGGUGGAUACGGAGGAUACGGAAUCGGAGGAGGAUACGGAGGAUAUGGAAUCGGAGGUGGACACGGAGGAUACGGAAUCGGUGGUGGAUACGGCGGAGGAUUAAUUGGACUUGGUGGCGGAUUCGGAGGUGGACUCGGGGGUGGAUAUGGUAAAGGAUACAAAAAAGCCAUUGUUGUCAAAGUACCUGUGAAAGGUUAUGGUGGUUACGGUGUUGGAAUCGGUGGUAUCGGAGGUGGAUUAGGAGGUAUCGGAGGUGGAUUUGGUGGUGCCGGAGGUAGACUUGGUGGUAUCGGAGGUAGAUUUGGUGGUGUCGGAGGUAGACUUGGUGGCAUCGGAGGUGGAUUAGGAGGAAUCGGAGGCGGAUUAGGUGGUAAACUAGGUGGAUAUGGUGGUUUGAAUAGUUAUGCUUCUGGAAAGGGCAAAGGAUAUUAAAGGCUGAUUCUUACCAAAGGCGGAUAAAGACUUACAUUUUGUUUUAUAUAUCUGAUAAAAAAAUAUAAACAUGCCUUAAAA